AUUUAGUUCAAGUUUGAUUCAUGCUGCAUCUAAUGUAAAUAAAGAAAUAUAUACCAUAAGGAAAGAAAAACAUGUAAAUGAAUGAGUGAAAAAUAAGGAAAAAUAAAGUCAUUUUUUAGUCUUUUUAUUUCAAAAUUUAAAUUCAUAUGAUCCCCCUGUAUCAACGUGUUGGCCAACAUUCAAAAUAUAAUAAAGUCGUAAAUGCGCAUGUACAUUUUUUUGGUUACAAAGUGUGUUCGAACUUUGGCGCAGAAUAAAUAACUCGUCAAGUAUUGUGUAUGAUAUGUAUGAUCUUCAGUUAUACAAAUAACAAGUUUUUAAAUUUAAUUUAUUCAAGUAUUUUCAUUGAAAAUAAACAUCAUAAUAAAAUUUAAUUACAGUAAAAUUACGUAUAGAAUAUUCGGCAUAGUAUUGUUCAUGUUAUUGAGAAAUUAUAUAGGUUAUAUUUAAAGAAUAUGGCAGAUCGUUUAACACAAUUACAAGAUACUAUAAAUCAGCAAGCUGAACAUUUCUGUAAUAGCGUAGGUAUUUUACAACAAUACUCAACACCUAGUAAGUUUCCUGGUUUUGAUCGAGUUGGAACACCACAACCACAUCAACCUCAAGAAGAUUAUGCAGCCUUGUUUGCAACUCUAAUAGCAAGGUGUGCCAAAGAUAUUGAUACUUUGAUAGAAAGUUUGCCAAGUGAAGAAUCAUCACAAGAAUUACAAGUUGCAAGUCUAAGUCGUCUUGAACAAGAAAAUCAGGAAGCUGGUGAGCAGCUGGAAGAAGUUGUAAAACAAGGAGAAGCACUGUUGCAAAGGAUUCAGGCUGCUUUGCAAGAUAUUGCUCAAAGUCAGUUAGAUAUGCAAGAUCCAGCUUCAUCAUCUGUAAUCAACAUUAAUCUCAAUACUAAUUCAACUUUUAAACAAGACAACAUGAAUUCUGUAAAUACUGUAGCUUCAAAUAAUACGCAUCAAUUAUCAGAUCCUUCACCCAGUUCAGUUAAUCAGUGAUACAUUCUUGUUCUAGUUUAAAUAUUGAAUAAACCUUGUUUUUUGUAUUUGUAAAAUAAGUAAUAUACAGUGGAAAAUUAA